AUGGGCUUCUACGAAUUCCAAUGUGGCUUUUUAGCCACGAUAUGCGCGAGCUUGAAGCUCGCCGAAUAUUAUCUGUCUCGGCAGUCCAAGACCGGUGGUGCCGCGGCAACCAGUGCCCGUGAUGGCGCCGCAAGUGUGCUCUCGCGCAAGUACUUGAUAGUAUACGGGCUUGUCAUGGGCGCGGACUGGCUGCAAGGGCCAUAUGGCUACUCGCUAUACGCGGACCAGUACGGAUUCGACGAGCAGAUCAUAUCGUACUUCUUUAUCACCGGCUUUCUGAGUGGAGCAAUGUUCGCGCCUUUGUUAGGUUCGUGGGCAGAUCAGAACGGCCGCAAGCGCGUCUGUCUAGCAUACUGCGUAAUCUACGCGAGCUCGUGUCUUUUACUCCAAAUGCCAUGGGUACCCGCUAUCCUGCUAGCGAGGAUAUUCGGCGGCAUAUCAACUUCCAUUCUGUACUCCGUUUUCGAGUCGUGGCUCGUUAGUGCUCACUCGGAGGCUGCACUACGACCGGACGAGCUCAGCUCCAUCUUCGGCCGCGCUACGUUGCUGAACGGACUUGUGGCGACAGUGGCCGGCAUCUUCUCCAACCACUUGAUUGAAUAUACGGGACACUCCUACCGGUCUCCGUUCAUCGCUUCCGCGCUAGUUCUGGUCCUGGCUUUCUUCGCCAUCUCUGGACUGUGGUCGGAGAAUUACGGUGCGAAGGCGAACCAAGCGCUGGACGACUCGCUGCAGUUGGAUCGCAUGGUGAAAGCCGCAAGGAUCGUGGCAAAUGAUCCUGUGCUCUUAGUCCUCGGGCUGACGCAAACGCUCUUCGAGGGCUCGAUGUACCUUUUCGUCUUCGUCUGGGUGCCGACAUUACAAGACGCCUCGCCCGCAUCCACCCUCCCACUCGGUUACAUCUUCAGCACCUUCAUGAUCUGCAUGAUGCUAGGAUCGCUGCUCUACACCUUCCUGACGGCGCAUCUCUUCCGUUCGGCGUCUAAACAGGCGAAUCUCACGCUGCACGUGACGCUCUCCGCCCUGCUCUGCGCGGUAGCAGCACUCUCCUUCGCUGUCUGCGUGAACGCGGGAAGUGGAAAGACGGAGGCACUGGAACAGGCAAAGUUCUGGGCGUUCUGCCUGUUCGAGGCGUGCGUGGGCAUGUACUAUCCUGUACAGGGUGUGCUCCGCGGGAACCUUAUCUCCAAUGAGCAUCGCGCCACACUUUCAGCACUAUUCCGAGUGCCACAGAACAUCUUCGUGGUCGUCGCGUUGGCGACGGGCUUCUCCUCUGCUCGAGACGCAGUGCUCUUUGCAUGCGCAUUGCUGCUCUCAUUCUCAGCUUUGGUAUCUGCUAUCAUCAUGCUCCCGCGCGUCGAGCCGCUGCCCACGACUUCGAUGCACUUGCCCACGCCUGUGCACACGCCCGCGACGCCGGCGUCCGCACUACUGGAGUCCGAUGCGAGGAUAGAUGCGCCAUACGCUGGAAUGGAGGCGCGAUGA